AUGUUAAUCAGAUAUGAAUAUCGAUCUAUUCAGCUUAUUGAUUCCAGACUUCUUCGGCCUUACUUACUUGCCGGCUUUCUUUCUUUCUUUCUUUCUUUCUUUCUUUCUUUCGUUCUUUCUUUCGUUCUUUCUUUCUUUAAUAUUCGGGUUUUCUUUCUUUUUUCUUUCUUUCUUUCUUUCUUUCUUUCUUUCUUUCUUUCUCCGCCUUUCCAUAUCUAUCUAUCUAUCUAUCUAUCUAUCUAUCUAUCUAUCUAUCUAUCUAUCUAUCUAAACAGUCUCUGUGCAUAUCUAUCUAUCUAUCUAUCUAUCUAUCUAUCUAUCUAUCUAUCUAUCUAUCACAGCCUCUUCAUAUAUAGAUAUCCCAGUCUCUUUUCUUUCUUUCUUUCUUUCUUUCUUUCUUUUCUUUCUUUCUUUCUUCUUUUUCACUUUUUUUUUUUCGUGAUAUCUAUCUAUCUAUCUAUCUAUCUAUCUAUCUCUGUUGAUAUCUAUCUAUCUAUCUCAGCCUUUUUUGAUAUCUAUCUAUCUAUCUAUCUAUCUAACUUUAUUCAUAUAUAUAUGUAUGCAUAUGUAUAUAUAUAUAUAUGUAUAUAUACAUAUAUAUAUAUAUUUGUUGAUAUCUAUCUAUCUAUCUAUCUAUCUAUCUAUCUAUCUCAGUCUCUUUUGAUAUCUAUCUAUCUAUCUAUCUAUCUAUCUAUCUCUGUUUCAUAUCUAUGUAUCUAUGUAUCUAUCUAUCUCAAUCUCUUUUUAUAUAUAAAAUCUAUCUAUCUAUCUAUCUAA